AUGUCCGGAGCAAUCCCAACUUCCACCGCCGUCGUCGAAUCGGCCGUCAUCAAAGCCCCGUUGGCCAAGGUCUGGCACGAGAUCAAGCUGGAGUCCUUCAGCCACUGGUGGUCAGCCAUCAAGCAGUCCGACUUCGUGAAGGGAGCAUCGCCCGACACCGACAUCGUCAAGUGGACGUUCAAGGACGGCACAGUCCUGGAGGUCAAGCAAGAGGAGCACUCGUCCAUCAACCACUACAUCACCUACAGCAUCAUCUCGUCCCAGCCCGAGUUGAGCUACUCCUCCGUCCUCAGCACCAUUCGCUGCUACCCAGUCACAUCCGGCGAGCACGAGGGCUCGACGUUUGUCGAGUGGACUGGGAACUUCUCUUCUGAUGCUGAUGCUGCAGGUGUCAUCCAGGACGCCAAGUUCAAGCGCCGUGAGGCCCUUGCGGAUCUGGCCAAGGCUGCUGGCAAG